AUGCCCCGUCUUCGUCAGAUUGCUACGGCCGGAGUGGCAGCCAGCCUGGCAAUCCCAGCAGCCGGUCUUGUAGCAAGAAAUGCGACUGGUGAUGGAAUCUGCACAAAAACAACGGUUGCUAUUUUGGGUGGUGGCAUGGCGGGCAUUUCUGCUGCGCAAGCACUCACGAACAAUUCAAUCAGCGACUUUCUGAUUCUCGAAUACAAUGAUUACAUUGGUGGUCGCGCCCAGCAUACAACUUUUGGCAAACAGGAAGACGGUUCGCCGUAUACUGUUGAGCUCGGCGCUAAUUGGAUUCAAGGCCUUGGCCAAUCUGGUGGACCCGAGAAUCCCAUUUGGACCCUUGCUAAAAAGUACGGACUCAAAAACACCUUUUCCAACUACAGCUCGAUUCUCACCUACAACGAGACUGGACCUUCAGAUUAUACGCAUCUACUAGACGAGUACAACGAAGCCUACGAAAAGGCUUCAGCCAAUGCGGGACGUCUGCUCGCCGAGAAUCUGCAAGAUCAGACAGCCCGUGCGGGGCUGGCAUUAGCCGGAUGGAACCCCAAACACAGCGACAUGGCCGCUCAGGCGGUUGAAUGGUGGAACUGGGAUUGGGAGAGUGCCGUUUCACCGGAGCAAUCGUCUUUAAUCUUUGGUGUAGCAGGAACGAACCUGUCCAUGAAUCAAUUCAGCAAUGAGAAUAACCUCGUCAUCGACUCGCGCGGCUACAACUACAUCAUCCGACAAGAAGCCUCUACCUUUUUAAAGGACAACGAUGCUCGACUUCGCCUAAACAAUCACAUUACAGACAUUCACUAUUCCGAUGAUGGCGUUACGAUUUACAGUGAUGAUGGUAGCUGCGUAUCGGCGGCGUACGCCAUCUGCACCUUUUCGGUCGGGGUGCUUCAAAACGACGUCGUGACCUUUACGCCCGAGCUGCCCGAGUGGAAGCGCACCUCGAUCCAGAAAUUCACCAUGGGCACCUACACCAAAAUCUUUAUGCAAUUCAACGAAACCUUUUGGCCGCAGGAUACACAAUAUUUCCUGUAUGCUUCGCCGACCAGGCGCGGCUGGUAUCCCGUCUUCCAGUCGCUCUCGACCGAGGGCUUCAUGCCGGGUUCCAACAUCCUCUUCGUCACCGUUGUGGCGGGCGGCUCGUACCGCGUCGAGCAGCAGACGGACGAGGAGACAAAGGCAGAAAUCAUGCAGGUGCUGCGCGACAUGUACCCCGACACGACCGUCCCGGAGCCGACCGCAUUCAUGUACCCGCGGUGGACCAAGACCCCGUGGGCCUACGGAAGCUACUCGAACUGGCCUGCAGGUACUACGCUCGAGAUGCACCAGAACCUGCGCGCCAACGCCGGCCGUCUCUGGUUCGCCGGCGAGGCCACCAGCGCAGAGUACUAUGGCUUCCUGCACGGCGCCUGGUUCGAGGGGCGCGAAGCCGGCUACCAGAUUGCCUCGGUCAUGCAGAAUAAGUGCGUAGAGGUGUACAAUGAUGGUACGCAGUUUUGCGGCGAGACGCGUCCGCAUUAUGAAAAGCUGCACGGGACGUCGCCGCUGCAAAACUACAAUGUCCUGAAUGGCUGGGCGACGAGCAGCUUCUAUUCCAGUGCUGCUGCUGCUGCUGCUGCCAAGGACGCAGAGUGA